AGCAGACGACAACAUCCGGUUUAGGUCUCAGAGAGGGAAGUUCAGAAAGAUUUUUUUUUACAGCAUUUUAUGCCGCGAAAAUGUCACAUUGCAGUUUAUAAUCUUCUAUACAGUUAGCUUAGAUUAUUGGAAAAGUAUGACAAUACAUGUAUGUCAACGUAAAGCCUGAGCAAAAUAAGGACGCAGUGAGAGUGCAGAACUUGCACAACCGUGCUGUCAAACACGACAGCAGAAGUUUUCACCGACCGUCGUCACCCCAUUUGAUCGACACGCUUCAGCCUGCUGAAUUUAAAGACUUCAGAGGAUGGCUGCUGUUUCUGAGACCGAUAUACAGUUCUGGAUGGCCAAAGCAGUGACCUGGGGCACGGCAACAUCAUGUUCUGCUCUUCUGGACACAAGCAGACACCUUGGAUAUCUGAGGAGUUUUCUCCAGCAAGUUCUGCUGGGGUUGCAGCAAAUGAGCUCCACUAGUGAGGCCAUGAAGACGUUUCCUUUUGUGGGCCAGUUCCUGGGAAGACUUUGUUGGAACCCAUGUGUUAUUGCGGAUGAGAGGAGCCAGAGACUCCUGCUGCGGUGUUUGAGCUGUCUGUACAGCGCUGAGCCACUGAACGCUGUUGAACGAAAAGCCAACAUGUGGAUCAAGAAUAUGUUGUGUCAUCUGAUCUCGGAGGAGGAGGGCAGUGUAGCUCAUGCUACAGUAAAACAUGCUGGAUCAAGCCCGAAGCGAUACCACUCAGAGGCUCUUCAGAAGGUGGUGUCAUUGAUGACAGAGGAGGUCAUUAAAAGCUGUGAUGGCUUGCCAAACACAUCAGCAAGAUGUUCAAACGAGAACGUUCACACCAUGUCAACAGCAUGCAUUGCCUUGGUCACAUGUCCUCAGAUGGCUCCUCUCAUUGGAGCUCUAUUGAAGCAUUCCAUGUUGUGUGGCUCUUCCUGUCUGAAUCAAGAAUUUAUUAAGGAAGUCAGUGAUGCCUUGAUUAGUAAGAGGCUUGUGUUGGAGGAUGAAGCUGUGGUGAACCUGUGGUGUCUUAGCCCAACCUGUCUGGAGGGGGCAGUAGUGAGCUUAUUGGAGUCUGUGCUGUCUGACCAUGAAACAAUCACACAGAGUCUGGACAAACAUGUUAAUGACUCAUUACUGCCUCAAGCUUCAGCCCAUUACUGCCACAUCUUUCUCACAGUCACCGAGAUUUACAGGAAUGUGCUUACAGAGAUUGAUGAGAACCUGGCCGUGAGAGCCCUCAUACAGGUUUUCACUGCUUUCUUCCUCCAGAGACUGACUGGACAGAAAGCACAGGAUCGUCUACCACUCAGAGCCUUCUUCCCAAACGUGACGCCCAGUUUACUCUCUCCUUUACUGACAGCACCAUCAGAAGUUCCCAGGGAAGCCUGGCUGGAUCAUCUGAGCUGGAUCAGAAGUUUACUUCAGAGCGUGACAGAGAACGAGGAGGAGGGGGAAGAUGUCAGGGCGUAUGAGGCUGUCUUUGAGGCUUGGUUCCUGCUGGUGCAGUGUGGGUACUGGGUGGACACAGCUGUUGAGCUGCUUGUUCUGGCAGUGCCUGAGAAUCCUGAACCACUGCUGUGGCUCCUGACGUUCUUCCACCACCCCACCAACAGAGGGCACCAGAGGUCCCAACAAACCGCAGUGGCCAGAGAAGCCUGGUCUUAUCUAAGGAUGCUGUUUCUCACUCGUCCUCCCCCUCCUAGUCACCUCAGUGCUGUGAAAGAGCUCCUGUCCUCCUCCUCCCUUUCAACAAACCUCGUCUUGCAUCUGUUUUCAAACUUUGCCAUCUUUUCCCACGGACCUGUUAGCAUUAUCACUGAAAUAACUGACAAGGUGCUGACUGAUGCCGCUGUGAAGCGCAGGGCACUGUGGAUCCUCGCUUCGAUACGCUGCAGACUAAACAUUGCUCCCUCGCGGGACGACAGGGUUCAUUCCAGGCUGAGGAUGCUUCAGGACACCCUCCUCCAAACCUAAGAUCCUCGCAUAAAAACUCCUAGCUUUGAGCGCUUGGUGAAACUAUUUAUUAGGACAAGGAAUCCUGGCGUGGCUCAGUUACGCACCGAAAUGCUGGGUGGGACGAUGUGGCAUUUAUAGAAGAGAAGCCCAGCUGCCGUUUUUAACUUUAAAAGCAGUGGGUGUUCUCCCUCUAAACCCAAGAGGGGCCUCCACACUUGAUGUAUUGAGCCAAAUAAAAAGAACACAUGUAUUUCUA